AUGUCCCCGAUGUCGGGACUCAACCGGAUAUCCCUCUUCAACCCUCCAAUUCUAAGAACUUGCCACCGGUCUCUUCACAUCUCAAUCGUGAGAAGCUAUCGCGAUGCACAGUUCAGACGCUCAGAUUACGAGGGUCAAGGUUGGACUUCAUCAUACGAGCCGGGUGCUCCAACAAAGGGUCCUCUCUCCCAGGCUUCUAGACAUGGGGUUCCAUCUCUUACUCCUUUGUCAUUGAAAAAUCAUUUGGAUAAAUUCGUCGUCGGACAAGAUAGGGCGAAGAAGGUCACAUGUGUGGCUAUUUAUAAUCAUUAUCAACGGAUACGAGAAUUAAGGAGACAGGAAGCUGAAGAGCAGGAAAGGAAGGAGCAGUAUAGCAGGAGACAUUUAUAUGAACGGGAACGUAACAGUCAUCUUGUUGACAAUGAAUACGUUGGUCACGUCAUCCAAACCGCCGACCUCAAUGCUCCAAGCCGUGAACGAGAGUAUGAAGAAGAACCCGAACUAGGUUCUCGACCACUAGAAGACCCCUUUCAAAGCCGUACGAUCAUCGAGAAAUCAAACCUCAUGUUACUAGGGCCAUCUGGCGUUGGGAAGACCUACAUACUCCAAACCCUUGCUCGUGUCCUCGAAGUUCCCUUUGCAACUGUAGACUGUUCUUCCCUAACCCAAGCCGGUUACAUCGGCACCGACAUCGAAUCUUCCAUCGAACGUCUACUACUCGCCUCUUCCCACUCCGUCCAAAAAUGCGAGACCGGAAUAAUAUUCUUCGAUGAAAUAGACAAACUCGCCAAACCGGCCGUCAUGACACAUGGCCGUGACGUAUCAGGGGAAGGGGUCCAGCAAGGCCUUCUUAAAAUGAUCGAAGGGACUAAUGUCACCGUAAACGCUAAGUCCGAUAAAAAUGCCUCCAACUCAGGCCGAGGAAUAGAUCGCGUAGGACGAGAGACAAGCCCCCCAGCCAAAAGCGAACAAUACACAAUCGACACCUCCAACAUCCUCUUCGUCUUCGCCGGAGCAUUUAUCGGCCUCGAAAAAAUAAUCUCGCAACGUCUAUCAACCGGUUCCUCAAUCGGAUUUAAAUCCUCUCUCCCCUCAUCCUCCUUCUUUUCUUCAAACACAGCAAAAGAAAAAGAAAAACAACUGGACAUUCUCACCCACACCACUCCCAGCGAUCUCCAGGCCUACGGUCUCAUACCCGAACUCCUCGGCCGCAUUCCAAUAAUCACUUCUCUCUCCCCCCUUUCCCUGCCUCAAUUAGUAUCUAUCCUCACCGAACCGCGUAAUUCGUUGGUAAAACAAUAUACCGCACUCUUUGAAACCUACGGUUCCCAUGGUAUCAUUCUCCAAUUCACGAAACUGGCGCUGGAAGCUAUUGCUUCGCGAGCUCUGUAUGGUUCAUCUUCGUCUGGAAAUGGAAAGGAAGGGGGAAAAUCCAAAGGCGAAAAGGGAACGGGAAUCGGAGCAAGGGGUUUACGAUCAAUAAUGGAAAACGUGCUGCAGGAAAUCAUGUUCAUAGGUCCCUCGUCACCCAAUAUUCGCUAUGUACUUGUGGAUGAAGCGUUUGUAGGGGGUUUAGACACUCAAUCCUCGCAGUUCGCCUCAAAAGUACCAUCAUCUUCCUCUUCCUCUUCUACAUCCACAUCUACAUCAACAUCAACAUCAGAUAUAGCAAGCGCAUGCAGUAACACAGAUAAAGACAGCACAGACGGGGAAACGCGUCUACCCCGCUGUUUCUCCCGCAAUCAACGUAAUGUAUUCGAGGAAGCCAUUGAGCAGGAAGAAGAGGUGUGGAAACGGCGGAAUGGAAUAGCGGGUCGUGAGGAGAACAAUGGAAAAGAGAAUAAGGAUGGGAGUGGCGGUGCAGGUGAUAAAUCCAUGGAUAGUUUUCAGGAAUAUAGGGUCGUGACUGAGGGGGGGAUCUCGUUUGGUGAGGAAGAGGAAGAGGAAGAAGGAGAAACAGAAGAAAAUGAAGAAAGAAGAAAGAAGAAAGAAGAAAGAAGAAGAAGAAAGAAGAAAGAAGAAAGAAGAAAGAAGAAAGAAGAAAAAUAA